UUCAUUCAUUUCCCUAGAGUCCAGCGUUAACUCUUGACUGUUUUUUAACAGACGGCAGGUACUAUGGAGCACAGUUUCAGACAGUCAACUUGGACCACCUCCUCCAUCACCACGUGGUGGCGCUGCAGUGGCCACCCGUGCGUUGCGGAUGAACUGCAGAAGCAGAAAUCUCCUCUCAUCCCUAUAGCCAACACAUCGCUAUGGCCGUGGAUGCGAACUGUUAAUGAUAGUUUAAGUUGUUUAAUUACCUCUUCCAGUGCAUGAAUUGUGGCUUUUUCGGGCAGAGAGACGCUGUAUGUGGUGGUCGCUUCGUAGGGACGACUCACCAGUUCUGAACUACUGUGAUCCGGACAUCAGGAAGAAGUUACUCCAUCACUCGGAAUGGCUGAGCCGGAGCUUCUGCUGGACUCAAACAUCAGACUUUGGGUAGUGUUGCCCAUCGUCUUCAUCACCUUUCUUGUGGGUGUGAUUCGACAUUAUGUAUCAAUUCUUCUCCAAAGUGACAAAAAGCUGACAUUAGAACAAGUUUCUGACAGCCAGGUGCUUAUUCGGAGCAGAAUUCUGAGAGAAAAUGGAAAAUACAUUCCCAAACAGUCUUUUUUGAUGAGGAAGUUUUACUUCAAUAAUCAAGAGGAUGGAUUUUUUAAGAAGACCAAACGAAAGGUUGUCCCACCCUCUCCCAUGACAGAUCCCAGCAUGCUGACAGACAUGAUGAAAGGUAAUGUCACCAAUGUGCUUCCAAUGAUCCUCAUCGGCGGCUGGAUCAACUGGACUUUUUCCGGAUUUGUAACAACAAAGGUUCCCUUCCCUCUCACGCUGCGUUUUAAGCCCAUGCUGCAGCAAGGAAUAGAGCUGCUGUCUUUGGAUGCCUCCUGGGUGAGCUCAGCAUCAUGGUAUUUCCUGAAUGUUUUUGGACUUCGAAGCAUGUACUCAUUAAUUUUAGGGCAAGAUAAUGGUGCAGACCAGUCAAGGAUCAUGCAAGAGCAGAUGAGUGGUGCUGCCAUGGCUAUGCCUGCAGAUACAAAUAAAGCUUUCAAAGCUGAGUGGGAGGCACUAGAACUUACUGACCACCAGUGGGCGCUGGAGAGUGUGGAAGAGGAUCUGAUGAGCAGGGAGCUGGACUUUGAUGGCAUGUUCAGCAAGGAGCUGCCCAGCGGCAUUUUCUAAUGACCUAAUCACUACUACUUGGAGCCUUCUGUUUAAAAUUUUGUCAUCGCAGGGAUUUCUUUUUUUUUUUGUUUUUACAAAAAAAAAAAAAAAAAAAAAACAGGGAGAUGAGACAUAUUUCACCAUGUUAUGCAAAGUUUACAAAUUUGUGGUCAUCAUCCAUUCACAUGUAUUCAUCUUUCCAUUCCUGUCCAUAGAAAAUCAAAAUAAGUUGAAUACACAGGCAUGGCUGCUGUCUCGUACAUGUUAGAAUCUUUUGCUUUGCUGUUUCAUCCUUGAGAUAAAGACACAUUGUACUGAAGUGACAAUUUGUUAAUUGAAAUGCAUUAUUAGCUUGCAAAUGUAGGCCAUCAUACUAUUAGGUAAAUUAAUUAAAACUUCCUAGUGCUCCUCUUUUAUGUACAGCUAGUUUAGCUGUUCCUUUUUUUAAAAAUGUAACGUUGAAACAGUAGAACACAAAACCAUUGUACAGGUGUGAAUUAUAUGUAUUUAAUUAAACUCUUAACACUCUUUAAUAGAAUUUGAUCAUUCCAGUUUCAGAUCAGAGGUAGAUCCAUUGUCUGUGUUUGCCUCCAUAAGGUGGCAGACCAUGGACCAGAAGAGGUCACAUUUGUGUGGUUAAAAUAUUAAGUUUUCAAGUAUAUAGACUGUUUUGUAAUGUAAUUCACUUGUGUUUUGUACAGCAUAAAGUCAGUUUUUAUU